AUGGAUAUUUUGGCGACAUGGAAGCUGCUCUUUAUGGUACUUGCAUGGCUUCGGCCACUCAUACAGACAGUCGCAGCUUCUGAUUCGCCAGAUAAAGCAGAUAUUCUGCACGGAGCAGCUGGAAGCUUGGAGCGAGACUCUAUCAGCCCUGAAUCUUCAUUAUUUCAGAGACAGGUGCUUCCCAAUGCACCUAAUGGGUAUUCGCCCCGGGAGGAACCCUGUUCCAUGAGGAGACCAUUCAUCCGCAAUGGAUCAAGCCUGUCAUCCAACGAGACCGCAUGGCUGAAACAGCGCCGAAAUGUGACCGUGAACGCGAUGAUGGAGUUCCUGGGCCGGCUGGACUUCAACUCCUUCAACGCAUCCUCCUACAUUGAGAAGCAUGCCUCCAACUCAUCCGCACUCCCUAACAUCGGGAUAGCCGUUUCCGGAGGCGGCUAUAGAGCGCUUAUGAACGGGGGUGGCGCCUUACAGGCUUUUGACUCUAGAACGGCCAACGCGAGCUUUCAGGGUCACCUAGGGGGCGUUUUGCAAUCGGCCACAUACCUUGCCGGGCUCAGCGGGGGCAGUUGGCUGGUUGGGUCCAUAUAUCUGAACAAUUAUACGGAUGUCACAUCCCUGCGAGACAGCCAAACGGUGUGGCUCUUUCAAGAUUCAAUUCUUGUUGGCCCGACGCAGAGUUCCGAUUUUGCAGUUAGGACGUCUAAGUACUUCUCGCAGAUAUUAAAUGCAGUGGAUGGCAAACUAGAAGCUGGUUACAACACCUCUAUCACCGACUACUGGGGUCGGUCUAUCGCCUACCAAUUGAUCAAUGCAACCGAGGGUGGUGUGGAAUAUACCUGGUCAUCUAUUGCCCAAAGCAUGGACUUUCAGAGCGCAAGUAUGCCCAUGCCCAUCAUCAUUGCUGAUGGGAGAGCGCCUGGAGAGAUCCUGAUUUCCAAGAACACAACUGUGUUUGAAUUCAGCCCUUGGGAAUUCGGGACCUUCAAUCCGCCCUUGGAGGCGUUUGUGCCCUUAGAAUUUCUUGGGUCAAACUUUUCUGCUGGAACGCUUCCCAUGAACCAAAAAUGCGUCCGUGGGUUCGAUAAUGCAGGUUUCUUAAUGGGGACAUCAUCCUCACUCUUUAACCAAGCGUUCUUAUUGAUCAAUGGCACUGAGGUGCCUCAGAUACUGAAAAACUCCAUCAGCCGGAUUCUGAACUCGAUCGGGGAGGCGAAUCAAGAUAUCGCCGUAUAUGAGCCUAAUCCAUUCUAUCUAUACACAAAUCAGUCAGAGUACGCUACUUCUGCCCUUUUGACUUUAGUGGAUGGUGGAGAGGACCUUCAAAAUAUUCCCUUGGAGCCCUUGCUGCAGUCGAAGCGUGAAUUGAACGUGAUUCUGGCGAUUGACUCAUCUGCUGACACGAACACACGCUGGCCCAAUGGCACCGCUAUGGUCGCCACGUACGAACGCAGCCUGAGCUCGCUAGGUCAUACCAGUGGCCUGGCAUUCCCAUAUGUGCCAGAUCAGAACACGUUCAUCAAUCUGGGGUUGAAUAACCGACCGACUUUCUUCGGCUGCAACAGCUCGAACAUCUCUGGCUCCGCGCCGUUAGUCAUUUACAUCCCGAACGCACCAUAUAUCUAUCACUCCAAUGUGUCCACGUUCGACCUGCAGUACAACACUACCGAGCGCAACGCUAUUAUCGAGAACGGCUACGACAUUGCCACGCUGGGUAACGGUACUGUCGAUUCCGAUUGGCCAAUCUGCUUGGGCUGUGCGAUCUUGAGUCGGAGUCUGGAGCAAACCAGUACUCCUGUCCCGUCAAGCUGUACCGCGUGCUUUCAGCGAUAUUGUUGGGAUGGGACAACCAACAACUCCGACCCUGGCAAUUAUCACCCUGCCUAUAAACUAUCUCAAUUGGAUAUUAGCAACACUGGUGGAAAAUCUACGCAGACUUCCGGUUAG